UAUUUUUGUUAUGUCUUCCUCAAGAAGGGGUGUUAAUUGGAGUGUUAAAGAGGAUGUUGUUCUAUGCAACCGGGGGAGACUUUUUGGGGCCGAAUUCACAAGAUAUUUUCGGCACAAAGUCAUGUUCCUCGAACUCGAGAUUCAAAUUCAAUCCCGUUUUAAGAUCAUCAAUAAUCAAUGUUCUCUAUGGAAAGUUUGUGUGCGGAAAACGAACGCAACCCCGAGGAGUGGGUCGAACCUAGAGGAUUUGAACUUUCAAGCCAAAGACAUUUUCAUGAAUGAUAACAAUGGCAAGGCAUUCAAAUUUGAGCAUGCGUGGCGUGUCCUCCAAUGUGGUGGAAAAGAGAAUCCAAUGUCAUAUAAUGUGCUAUGAAAGGACACAAAUAAUGGACAAGAGAAUCCAAUGUGACUUGAAAAGAUACAACGAGUUGAGAAGGGAAUCCAAUGUGUUAUGGAUAAACACAAAGUUGAGAAGAGAAUCCAAUGAUCCAAUGUGUUUGAAAUCACUCAGGAAAAAACGAAAAAAAUAAUGAAAUUAAUUUUUUUUUUACAUCGAAAUGUGUCUUUUUUAUUUUAUAAUUAAUCAGAGAAAAAAUUAAAAGGAAAAUAUUACUU